GAGACCCCGUGUAGGGGAAUGCAUGGGAGAGGCCGACCCCCACGCUGCCCCCAGCCGAGGUCGGAGAAGGACGGAGCCGAGGCCCCUGCAGAAGAGGCGCUGGAGCGGGUGCAGGGGGGUCCGGACGUCCCCGGGCUGAUGCGCCGGCGGGUGUGAGAGUGCCACAAAGCCGGGAAGAAAUCAAUGCACCCUCUGAACCGUUCCCGUGGCAACGGCUGUUGUCAGUUUCCACCAAUCAAUGGCGCGGAGCCGGGAGCCCGGCUGGGAGGGUCGGGGCCUGGCAUAAAGGGGCGCGCCGGCUCCGUCGCUCCCAGUCCCCCGUCGCCGCCCUGCCAUGGCCAGGAUGCCGGGGGGCUGGCCUGGCGCUCCCUGGUGCUGGCGCUGCUGCGGUGCCGCCAUCCUGCUGCUCUUGCUCACUGUGCACGCAGCCCAGCGCGCGGAGCUCGGGGCAGACACCGCGGCAGCCACCAUUAACCACGCGCCGGCGCUGCUGCAGCGGCUGCAGGGGCUGCUGCAGCAGGGCAACGGCAGUGACACGGUGCUGCGGGUGCGCCCGGCCGGCAGCGACGAGGUCCAGGUCUUCCACGCACACCAGCUGCUGCUGGCCCUGCAGAGCGACGUGCUCGACGGGCUCCUGCACAACCGCUCCGACCUCACGCUGGACGAGCCCCCCGACAGCGCCGCCCUCUUCGACAAGUUCAUCAGGUACCUGUACUGCGGGGAGGUGUCGUUGCAGCUGCACCAGGCCAUCCCGCUGCACCGGCUGGCCAGCAAGUACGGCGUGGCGAGCCUGCAGCGCGGCGUGGCCGAGUACAUGCGGAGCCACCUGGCCAGUGAGUCGAGCCAGGGCCACGUGGUGGGCUGGUACCACUAUGCCACGCGCGUGGGCGACGCAGGGCUGCAGGAGAGUUGCCUGCAGUUCCUGGCCUGGAACCUGUCGGCCGUGCUGGGCAGCGCCGAGUGGGCCACGGUGAGCGCCGAGCUGCUGCUGCUGCUGCUGGAGCGCUCCGACCUGGUGCUGCACAACGAGCUGGAGCUGUACGGCGCCGUGGAGGCGUGGCUGGCCCGCCGGCAGCCCGAGGCCCGCGUGGCCGAGCGGGCCCUGCGCGCCAUCCGCUACCCCAUGAUCGCACCCAGCCACCUCUUCCAGCUGCAGACGCAGUCGCCCGCCAUGCUGCGGCACCGCGCCGCCGUGCAGGACCUGCUCUUCCAGGCCUUCCAGUUCCACGCCGCCUCCCCGCUGCACUUCGCCAAGUACUUCGACGUCAACUGCAGCAUGUUCCUGCCCCGCAACUACCUGGCGCCCGCCUGGGGCUCGCCCUGGGUCAUCAACAACCCGGCGCGGGAUGACCGCAGCACCAGCUUCCAGACCCAGCUGGGCCCCAGCAGCCACGACGCCGGCAAGCGGGUCACCUGGAACGUGCUCUUCUCCCCGCGCUGGCUGCCCGUCAGCCUGCGGCCCGUGUACGCCGACGCCGUGUCUGGGGCACUGCCCGCCGCCCGGCUGGAGGACGGGCGUCCCCGCCUGGUGAUCACGCCGGCCAUGUCCAGCUCCGACUUCGCCGGCGUCAGCUUCCAGAAGACGGUGCUGGUGGGCGUGCGGCAGCAGGGCCGCGUCUUCGUCAGGCACGCCUACAGCUUCCACCAGAGCACGGACGAGGUGCCCGACUUCCUGGCCCAUGCCGACCUGCAGAAGCGUGCCUCCGAGUACCUCAUCGACAACGCGCUGCACCUCCACAUCGUGGUCAAGCCCGUCUACCACUCCCUCAUCAAGGUCAAGAAGUAGCCGGGCGGACGGGCCCCAUGCUCCGGAUUUGGGGCAGGGGGUAAUUCCCGGGGCUUUUCCCUUCUAGAUAGAUGUGCAUUCGAGAUAGUCUCUGGGACAGUGCCUGUGACCCGGCCCCCAGGCUCUCGGGGGGCAGGGAGCGGGGGAUAUGGGCAGAGGAAGAAGCCCCGCACCCAGCUGCCCCCGAUGCCCGAGCCCCUUCUAACCGUGACCCCUGUCCGAGCUGGGCAGCCGCGCGGGUUGGCUUCGCCUUGGCUGACCUCCCGUGACUGCAGUCCCAGCUCCUGGGUCCAGCCAUGGCCGGCGGGUGCUAGGAGCACCCAUUCCCUGUGCCGGAGGCUGGGAUCCAGGUGGGGCAUCUGUGCUGCCCGGCAGGUGUGUGCCCGCUGGGUGUGUUAGCACCGGCGACGGCAGCCCGGGGCGCUGCGGGGGUGCCCAACUGCCCCAAGCCCUGGCACGGUGACACUAGCCGCCCCUGCCAGCCAGACUCCCGGUGUUGACCACAGCCACCCACGGUAGCUUGUUACGGCCCUGGGGCCCCGGAGAGCCUCGGCUGCCCUGAGCUCCCGAAUAAAAAGCAGGA